AUGACAAGGAUGCCUAUAGAGAAAGGACCACAAGGACAACUGUAUUAUAGAAGGCGCUUGCCACCGUUGAGGUUCAUAAGUUACUCGCUUGUUUCCAUAUGCAUAGUAGUCACGAUUGUGGUCAAAAUACUACCGGUACGACAUUUGUACGUUAUUACACCAGAGGAGAAGGUGGAGGAGACGCCGGAAGAAAAUAGCAAAACUUUGCAGCUAAAGCAUAUUUUCCAUCAUGGCAUUGGUGCAAAAGACUAUACUUUACACAAGAGGUUAGAUAUCACACCGGCGUACCUUGCCAAGCACUCAUCGUACUUUAAGUCAUUAUCAUUCGUGGAGGCUGAAAAGGAGGAGGUUGAGGAGGCUGAAGAGGAGGAGGAGGAGGAGGAGGCUGAAAAGGGGGGGAUCAAUGUACUCAACACAAACACAUUUGACUGGCCCAAAGUACAUCGAGGCAAGAAUCCAUUUGAUAUACAACUACCGUUUAAGACUAAGCAGUAUAAAAUCAAGAGAUUGAAAGAUAGACAUGAACCAUUUUUUAUAGAGAGCUACUUGGAUUAUGCCCGAUCCGUUAAUGGUAACGCAGAGAUACUCAACAGGAUAAAUCUCGAGUGGAGCGAUGAUGAUGUUUCAGUACCCAAUAUUACCGAUAGAGAUACACUUGUUUCAUUAGCAACUAUUUCCUCAAACGCAUAUGUUAGAUUCCCCAAGGAUGACGAAGAAAAAAAGAAAUCAGACUGGAUAGAUGUUGGUGACUGGGAUCCCGAUGAACAACACAAUAAUAUUAAUUUUGGAUGGGACAGUAUUGGGCUUCGUGGUCAUGUAUUUGUUAGUCAUGAUAACAAAACUGUUGUGAUUGGCAUAAAAGGAACAUCAGGUGCUGGAUUACCUGGUGGAGGCAGUGAUGAGACUUCUGGUAUUGACAAAACUAAUGAUAACUUGUUAUUUUCAUGCUGUUGUGCUAGAGUUGGGUAUAUGUGGACUACAGUAUGCGAUUGUUAUGAAAAAACAUAUACAUGUAACCAAGAUUGUUUGGAACGGGAAUUGAGAAGAAAAGACCGUUAUUAUGAGGCUGCUUUGGAUAUUUACAAAAAUGUUACAAAAUUGUACCCCCCUGAAACCACCGAGAUAUGGGUAACUGGCCACUCUUUGGGGGGCGCCGUGGCCAGUUUACUUGGAAGAACAUAUGGUCUUCCAACUGUGGCGAUUGAAUCGCCUGGAGAAAUGUUGGCCUCUAAUAGGCUACACCUUCCCAAACCACCGGGAUUGCCUAGACAUCUAGAGCAUAUUUGGCAUUUUGGUAACACUGCUGAUCCGAUUUACAUGGGAGUAUGCAAUGGUGCAUCGAGCAGUUGUAGUUUAGCUGGCUAUGCGAUGGAGACUGCAUGUCAUACGGGAUACCAAUGUGUUUAUGAUGUUGUUACUGAUAAAGGAUGGAGGGUUAAUUUAUUGAAUCAUAGAAUUCAUACUGUGAUUGACGAUAUAAUAUUGACGUAUAAUGAAACAGCUCCUUGUGUUGAUCAAGCUCCUUGUCGAGACUGUUUCAACUGGAGAUUUGUUUCUCACGAUGACGACGAGUAA